AUGACCGUCACUCUACCAACCAUUCAGCGCCUGGAGCGGUCUGAUACCGAAGGAGUCAUCAACGCCAUCAUUAAGGACGGGUGCUGCGUCGUCAAGGGCUUCGCCGACGCCAACACCAUCUCGACAGUGAACAGGGAGGUCCAGCCAUACCUCGAAGCCGAUAAACCAUGGAAGGGUGAUUUGUUCCCGCCCGAAACGCGGCGGUGUCCCAACCUCGUCGGCCGCAGCCCAACGGCCAGGGAUACAUGGUUCGUCGACCCGCUGAUCCGGGCCGUGAACGCGACCUUCAUCGACAAAACCACGUCCAACUACUACGGCGAGACCAAGCACACAUACACCAGCGAAGCCGUGUGCACCAUCGCCCUGACCUUCGACAUCGGACCGGGCGCCCAGGCACAGCGCCUCCAUCGCGACGACAAGAAUUACCACGUCGACCAUACCGAUCAGACACCGACACCCCAGGGGGGCGGGGGCUACCGAGUUGGCUCGGACGUGCUGAUCGGCUUCCUCAUCGCGGGCGUGCCGACGACGUACGAGAAUGGCGCGACGUUGGCGAUCCCCGGCAGUCAUCUGUGGGACAAUGAGCGAGUGCCGCAUCUACACGAGGCCACGCACGCCGCGCUCGAGCCGGGCGACAUGUGGAUCAUGCUGGGCAGUUUGUACCACGCCGGCGGGGCGAACAUGACGCAGAACGAGCGCCGGGUGGUGCAUGGCUUCUUCUUCACGCGCGGCUAUAUGCGCCAGGAGGAGAAUGCCUAUCUGGCGAAUAGCCCCGAGGAGGUGUUAAGCUGGACCCCCGAGGCGCAGAAGGCUAUGGGGUAUACUUUGUCCAGCCCGAAUAUCGGGGCCGUCCUGUUCAGGACGCCCCUGGACUACCUCAGUGGACGACAGGGAGACGAUUUUGGCGACUUUGAUCCCAGCCAGGAGAAGAAGUAGCGAGGGAGGAUGGUGGUGGCUGAUGUCGGACGCGUGUAUGUUGAACAAACGGCUCGGAGAUAUUGCCGCGCUUUAUCUGUCGCUUGCCUUGUGUC